AUGGGUAGUUAUAAACCCGUUUUGUGUAUGGUUAUGUUGCAAUGCCUUUAUGCAGGGCUUACUCUAUUCACCAAAGCUGCACUGAUGCGUGGUAUGAGUCCUAGGGUUUUCAUGGUUUACAGGCAGAUUGUUGCUACUAUACUUCUAGUUCCGGUUGUUUGUUUCUCUAGAUGGAAGAAACCAAAUAAAAUUUCAUUGGGAACGAAGGGAUUUUGCUUGAUAUUUUUGAAUGCUCUCAUUGGAAUAACAGCCAAUCACAAUGCUUAUUUCCAAGGCUUAAAAUUGUCAUCUUCAUCAAUAUCUACAGCAAUGAUAAAUCUGAUGCCUGCAAUUACCUUUGCUAUGGCAAGCUUAGUUGGGUUGGAGAAAGUUAAUUGUGGAAGCAUAAGAGGUAUUGCAAAGAUAGUAGGAACAGUGAUAUGUAUUGGUGGAGCAAUUGUGAUGGCAUUAGUGAAAGGGCCAACACUCUUAAACUCACUACAUUCUUCUUCAUCAUCCACCAAUGCACCUCAGAAUUUGCAGCUGGGCUGUCUGUUUCUCUUCAUUUGCUGCUGUUGUUGGUCAUUUUGGAUCAUUAUGCAGGUUCCAAUUUCAACAAUAUGUCCUGAUCACUCUUAUUCAACUCUUUGGAUGUGUUUCUUAGCAAUGAUUCAAUCAACCAUAUUUGCAUUGUCCAUAGAUCGUACAAAAUCAGAAGCAUGGCUUCUCAAUUCACCUAUUGAAAUUGGAAGUUGUAUAUAUGCUGGUAUUGUUGCUGCUUUAUCUUUUACCCUUCAAACGUGGUGCGUAUCACAAAAGGGUCCAGUUUUUUCUGCUAUCUUUAAUCCACUCUCCACUGUAAUUACAACUAUUAUCGCUACUUCAUUUCUACAUGAAGAGUUAUACAUCGGAAGCCUAAUAGGUGGUUUUGCUGUGAUUAUUGGGCUAUAUGUGGUGCUAUGGGGUAAAGCAAAAGACCUCAAAGAGGCCAAGCUGCAAGAAUUAAAGCAAGAUAAUGAUGAGCAUCAAAAAUCACCGGUUGAAUUAGUAGUUUGA